CUGAUAUCGACGAAGAAAGCAAGCAGUGUUAUUUCUCGCAGCAUGUUCUAAUUUUCCGUCAGCGCCUCAUUUGCGUCCGGGUUGACUUUGUGUCAGUCUCGUGUCAGAGCGUCAGAUGGCCGCGCUGAUAGCUGAUUAGCCACCCCCCAACGGCACGGCUGCAGACAGCAACGCCGGGACAGUUAGCAUUCCUGGCCGCUGCUGUGAUCAGUGGGCAAUCAGCAUUCUUUUGGGCUGACGAAAGCACUGUCAUGUUAAUUCAAUAGAUUACAGUAUCAAGUCAUCUAGUAGCUGGUUCCUUCCGAAGUUUCCCUCAGGAUAGCUGACACCCGGGGAACGCAAUCUCUGCCGGUAAAGCCUUGGGUUCGAACCGUCCUUAACCUAUUCUCAAACUUUAAAUGGGUGAGAAUGCCGGUGCGCGUUAUUUCAUCAAAUUAACGCACCCAGCAUGAUGUGGAUUGCUGUUUGCAUCUCCUGAUCCCGUAAUCCCUCUUGUUACCGGCACGCCAUGCAUCCCCACAUCCCGGUUAGCUUCCUGUUAACCUUGCUGCUCCACCUGCAGCCCGGCAGCGCCAUCGCCCCGCUGCUGAUCAGCAAGCGGGAUUACGAGCGCGUCUCGGCGCCCGAGACGGUGACGACGGCGCCCUCCUUUUUCUCCUACAUCGGCCGCUCCAUCAGCAAAUUAUUCCGUCGUAAACCCGAUCCCCCGGAAUUUGUCCAACCACCGGCAGUCCGGCCGACGCCGGUGACGCUGGACACGUUGACCAUCUGCACGUGGAAUAUCUUCCGCUUCGGACCGAAUAAAUUCUCCGUGCCGGAUCCGCUGAUUGUCGCCGGGAAGAACGUCACCCGUCUGGACAUCAUUGUCGACCAACUGCGCGACUGCCACCUGGCCGUCAUCCAGGAGCUGGACGAUAAGACCGGCAGCGUGGCGGAACGGCUGCGGAUGGAGCUGCAGAAGCGCACCGGCAAUCCGUUCUCGGCCAUCGUCAGUCCGCGCUUGGGCAUCCGUAAUCUGGAGCAGUAUCUCUUUCUUUACCGGGAUGAUCUGCUGACUGCCGGCGUCUCCGCGGUCUUCCCGGACGCCCCCGAUCCGGCGCAGCGUCUCUUCCACCGGCAGCCUUAUUUCACGAAUUUUACAGCGAAAGCGCAAGGCAAGCAGUUACGGCUGCUUCGCGGCGCUCUGCGCAGCUUCGUCAUCGGGACCGUCCACACCGUGCCCACCCGCGCCGUGGAGGAGAUCAGCAGUCUCGUGGCGGCUUUCGACUGGGCGGCGCAGACCUACCGGACCUCGAACGUGAUGAUCCUGGGGGACUACAACGGCGACUGCCAGUACGUGCGCGCCCGCGACUGGCCGCGCAUCCCGCUGUGGACGCAGGCGCGCUUCGCCUGGCUGGUCCCCACCGGCACCGACACCACCUCCAUGACGACGCACUGCACCUACGACCGAGCGGUCAACAUCGGCAACGUCUUCAACUCCACGCUCGUACCCGGCUCCGUGGAGGCGCCGAAUUUCCCGCAGAAAUUCAGUUUAACGCCGGCGCAGGCCAAACUGGUCAGCGACCACCGCCUGGUCCGCCUGCAGUUCCAGUAAUGCCUGCUUUUACUUAAGGACUCAGCGUUGUUCUGUAUAUACAAGGUUAAUGUACUCGUAGGAUGACAAAGCGGAAAGCGACAGCCGGUCCGCGAAAAAAAAUUAAAAAAUUGAAUAAUAAAUUCAACAAACAGUG